CUUCAAAAGCUCUCGAUCUGUGUGGUUUCUAUUUGAAAUUUGAUCAAGAUUCAAGUCUCUGUUUUUAUAAGCUUGGAUUUGAUUUCUUCCCAUAUCACUCAGUGGUGUUGUUCCCACAACGAUAGAUGCAUUGCAUAAGGAGCUCAAUCCUGCAACAUUUGAGACUAAGAGUCGAUUAUUCGCCACUUCAGAACAAGAAUGUUUUCAAGAGUAUUAGUAAUAUGAGUUUUACAACAGCAGCAGCUGCAGAUGGAGGCCAAGAUCAAAUCUUGAGUAGGGUUAUUGAGCUGGUGAAGAAAUACGACAAAACUAACUCCUCUAAGCUUGUUACUGAAAGGGCUGAUUUCCAGAAGGAUUUGUCGCUGGACAGCUUAGAUAAGGUGGAGCUAGUUAUGGCUAUUGAAGAGGAGUUCUCGAUUGAAAUCCCUGAAGACAAAGCUGAUAAGCUUACUUGUUGUGGUGAUGUUGCUGCAUACAUACUCUCUGAAACUCACCCUAAAGCGUCUGGAUCCUGAGUUAUCUCUGCCUUUUAGCCUUGCCUUCAAUGUUUAGUUAAUGCAAUGUUUGGUUGGGGACAUGCUUUCUGUCUUUGCUUCAGCAUUUAAUAUGGGUUAGCACUGCGAAACAUUUCUUCUGAUAUAUGAUGUUCUUAUGUGAUUACACUACUUUUGUACCAAAAA